GGGAGCACUGCGGCGUCGGCUGGCGGGAGGAAGCAAGAGCUUGUGGCGACCGCGAAGCGCAGAGGAAGCAACACGUGCCGCGGCGGUGGCGGAUCCGGCGCAAUUGCCGCGGCGGGAGCGCUCGCUCCGCUUGAAGGCUCCGGGGAACUGCGCCUGGUGACGAGGGCGAAACGGGCGCGCGUGCUCCCCGUGGCGCUGCGGAGACGCAGAAGGGGACGCUGCCUCGGCUCGGGCUAACGGUUUUCCUUCCGCCGUUGCUACGCGGUAGGUCGCCCGCUACGAAGUCGAGGCCGCCACGGGAGAGCGGGGCCGGACGGCUGUGCCCCAGUAGAGCACGCAAGGGCCAGGGCCGGGCUGCUGACCUGGCCCCGCCCCCGCCCCGCCAACCACCUGUUUGCCGGAGGGGAUGAGCGGGAGCCGAGCCCCGGGCAGUCUCUUCAGGGAAAAGCAGCGGCGGCGGCUUCCUGGCCUCGCAGCCCCUGGGCGCGACAUUCAAGGAGGUGGAUGGAGAGGGGGUCCGGGGGGGGGCGAGGAGAGUGCGCGCGCCCCCGGGCUCGGGAGGGCGAGCUGAGUUUCUCUCCCUGUUUACGGCUGGAAGGUGCAAAAGAGGAAGCGGUUCCGGAGGGCCCCGUGGCUCACGCCCGCCCCUGCUUCUCCUUCAGAGGACCGCGGCGUCUACCCUAGCGGAGGAUGGCCGAGAAACUGGCCCCCCCGAGAGAACUGUUCCUGCGCAAGGGCCGCGAGUCGGUGGUCUCGCUGGAGAUGGACCGGCUGGCCCCGGGCGAGGAGUCCUCUGACAGCGAAGGCGAGCAGGAGGGCGGCUCCCACAGGCUCAUCCGCAAAGUCUCCACCUCGGGCCAGAUGAGGGCCAAGAAGAGUGUGAAGGAGGGGCUCCUGCUGAAGCAGACAAGCUCUUUCCAGAGGUGGAAGAGAAGGUUCUUCAAGCUGCGUGGCCGGACCCUCUACUAUGCCAAAGAUUCCAAGUCACUGAUCUUUGAUGAAGUGGACCUGUCAGAUGCCAGCGUGGCAGAAACCAGCACCAAGAACAUCAACAAUAGCUUUACGGUGAUCACCCCAUUCCGAAAACUCAUUCUUUGUGCAGAGAACCGGAAGGAAAUGGAGGACUGGAUCGGGGCCCUGAAGUCUGUCCAGAAAUGGGAAAUCAAUGAGGUGGCAUCCCAAUUCAACAUGGAGCACUUCUCCGGCAUGCACAACUGGUACGCCUGCUCUCACGCCCGACCCACCUUUUGCAACGUCUGCCGGGAGGCCCUGCCAGGCGUCACAUCUCACGGCCUCUCCUGUGAAGUGUGCAAGUUCAAGGCCCACAAACGCUGCGCAGUGAGAGCUACCAACAGCUGCAAGUGGACCACACUGGCCUCCAUUGGCAAUGACAUCAUUGAGGACGAAGACGGGGUGGCCAUGCCCCACCAGUGGCUGGAGGGGAACCUUCCGGUGGGUGCCCGCUGUGCUGUGUGCGACAAGACGUCUGGCAGUGUCCGGAGGCUGCAGGACUGGCGCUGUCUCUGGUGCAAGGCUGUUGUUCACAGCACUUGCAGAGACCAGCUGGGCAAGAAGUGCCCCCUGGGCCAGUACAAGGUCUCCAUCAUCCCCCCCACUGCCCUCAACAGUAUUGACUCCGAUGGAUUCUGGAAGGCCACCUGCCCCUCCAGCUGCUCCAGCCCCCUUCUGGCUUUUGUCAACUCCAAGAGUGGAGAUAACCAGGGGGUGAAAUUUCUGCGCAAGUUCAAGCAGUUCCUCAAUCCAGCCCAAGUGUUUGAUCUCAUGAACGGUGGGCCACACCUCGGGCUGCGGCUCUUUCAGAAGUUCUCCACUUUUCGGAUCUUGGUGUGUGGUGGAGACGGCAGUGUUGGCUGGGUCCUGUCGGAAAUUGACUCAUUGGGACUGCACAAGCAGUGCCAGCUUGGUGUCCUGCCCCUGGGCACCGGGAAUGACUUGGCCCGGGUGCUGGGCUGGGGAAGCCUCUGCGAUGAUGAUACACAGUUGCUGCAGGUUCUGGAAAAGUUGGAGCGCGCCACCACAAAAAUGUUGGACCGGUGGAGCGUCCUAACCUACGAGGCCCCUAAGCAGUCACCCCCAGUCCUCGAGGAAGACGAGAGCGAGAAUCCCACCAUCCAGGCUCAGAUUUCUCACUACGCUGACUCGGUGGCCCUCCACCUGGCGAAGAUCUUGGAGUCCGACAAACACUCAGUGGUGAUCUCCUCGGCAAAAUUCCUGUGCGGGACUGUGAAUGACUUUGUAGCUGAUGUGGGAAAAGCUUACGGUCAGGCAGCUGACAACAAGCAGGAAGCGGCCAUCAUGGCUGGCAAGUGUGCCACGCUGAGUGAGAAACUGGACUCGCUGGUCCGUGAACUGAACGAGGAGUCACAGGCCAUCAUGGUACCGGAAGGCAGCUCUGCAGCCCCUGAGGCCAAGGAGCAGAGCAUUGUCCAGCCCAGCCCUCGGCCUCCUCGCAUCUUCAAGUCCAAGGAGCAGCUCAUGCUAAGGGCCAACAGCCUCAAGAAGGCGCUGCGCCAGAUCAUCGACCAGGCGGAGAAAGCGGUGGACGAGCAGAACAAGCAGACCCAGACCUACCGGAGCCUCUCAGGGGCCAGUAAGAAGGACAGUGGUGAGGACUUCAAUAAGGAGAUGGAACCACCGAAGUCCCGCCGCGAUACGGUCAUCUCUACCACUUCCUCCCUCUUCCUGGAUCAACCUGAGCGUUUCACCCCUACCCCUUUCUCCGAGGAGCCCGAUGCUGUACAAUUUUCUGAAAAGUGCGUCAUGAAUAACUAUUUUGGCAUUGGCCUGGAUGCAAAGAUCUCGCUGGAAUUCAACAACAAGAGGGAUGAGCACCCAAAGAAGUGCAGCAGCCGCACCAAAAAUAUGAUGUGGUACGGGGUCCUGGGAACGAAGGAGCUGCUGCAGCGGACCUACAAGAACCUGGAGCAACGGGUCCAACUUGAGUGCGACGGGGUUCCCAUUUCCUUGCCCAGCCUGCAGGGCAUUGCCGUGCUUAACAUUCCCAGCUACGCAGGAGGCAUCAACUUCUGGGGCGGCACCAAGGAAGACAGUAAUUUUGGAGCUCCCUCCUUCGACGACAAGAAGCUUGAAGUGGUGGCUGUUUUUGGGAGCAUCCAGAUGGCGGUCUCUCGGGUCAUCAAUCUGCAGCACCACCGCAUUGCCCAGUGCCGGAUGGUGAAGAUCACAAUUCGGGGAGAUGAAGGGGUCCCAGUGCAAGUGGACGGAGAGGCCUGGAUUCAGCCUCCUGGCGUAAUCAAGAUCCAGCACAAGAACCGUGCCCAGAUGCUAACAAGAGACAGGGCCUUUGAGAGCACCCUGAAAUCGUGGGAAGACAAGCAAAAGGGGGAGGUCUACCGAGCCCCAUCCCGGCCACGGCUCAGCUCCCAGCAGUCAAUGGAGUACCUGAUGGAGGAGGAGGCAGCCCAGAUGCAGCAGCUGGUCCAAGCCACCGAAACACUCAUUAGCAGAAUCCGAGAGGCCGCCAAAUCCCGUAAAGGCAUGGAGCAGGAGUUGGCACAUGCCGUGAAUAGCAGCUCAUUGGCCCUGAGCGAGGUCUUGGCCUGCAAGAGCAGCAGUGGGGCUCCAGAGCUGGUUAGCCGGAGCACAGCUAUGGAGGUGUCUGUCAGUGUGAAGGCGUUGUAUGCUGAAACCCAGGCCUUCUUGGAAGGAAAAGAGCAGCUGGAUUCGCCCCAGCAAGAGGAUGUCCUCCACCAGGCCCUGGGCACCGUCCAUCAGGAGUUCCAGAGGUUCUCUGACCUCCACUGGAUGGCCCCCGUCUUGAGCUCAGUUGAGGAGGUAGUGGGCCAGGAUGCUCCUGGGAGCAGCAACAAGGGCAGCCUGAAGCUACGGAUCAAUCUUGCAAAGCCCAAGAAGGAGAAGGAGAAGCUCCAGAAGCAGAGAUCUGGCGGGGCCAUCCCAGUGGACAGUUGGGGUCCAGCGGAGGUGGCCGCCUGGCUGGAAGUGCUUGAUUUAGGGGAAUACAAAGAGCUUUUUAUGCGCCAUGACAUCCAGGGCUCUGAGCUGAUCCUGUUGGAGAGGAGAGACCUGAAGGAACUUGGGAUAUCAAAAGUGGGCCAUGUGAAGAGGAUCCUCCAGGGAAUUAAGGACCCUGCCGGGCAACAGUAGAGAAGGUCCUCCAAGGAAGAUGGUUAGGUGGCCAUCAUCCAUCUUCACUGUGUCCACCAGAGUUGCCAGGCCUCGCCAGCACCGGGCUGAGGUCUUCUUGUGAGGACCACUGGAGUUUACAUUUCCACAUUUGCCAAAGAUGGUGGCCUGGCUGUGCUCGCCCUUCCUGGCCUUCAUGUCUCCCAGCCCCUCCAUGUGGCAGCUACUGUGGUCACCUUCCUAAGCUUGAACUGUGCUUCUUUCCACGCAUGCCAUUGUUCCCCAGAAUCCAGGGGGAGGGCGGUCUUAAGCGAUUCUCUUCUAUCACGUCACACCCAGUGGAUGUGCCGCACUUGGUUUUGUGCCAGGGCCGGGGAGGCUGAAGUGCUAUCUGGGGUGCCUCCAACGCCCUCUUCUUGACAUGCCAGUUUCAGAGUUGGGCAAAGGAAGCCUUCUUAACUAGCAAUAGUCGCCCAAGCAAUUCUGCUUUUUCAGUUCGUCCACGGUAGCAACGGUGCCCUUGAGCAGGAGCAAAAGGCCUCUGCCCAACUGGUCCUUUCCCCCACACUUCUGGCAGUGGCCCCCUCUGGUGUCUGCCCUCCUUUUUUGGAUGGCCACAGAGCUCCUUGCAGUUGCUUUAAAUAAAACUUUUUCUCACUGAUCCCUGAAGCCUCCCUGGUGGCAUCCAUGCUGCAGUUCAGCAGAUGGAUAAUUCCAGAUCCAGUUUUCCUUCCUGGUCCAAAGUCACUAAACUUUCUAAAGCAUUCCUUGUGAGGCAGAUACUCAAAUGAGACACCCCUCACGUUACUGAUAGGGAACCCUGGGAAAGCAGGAAGCCCUUUGAAGGCUGCAGUCGGUGCUGCGCCUCCCACACGCACAGCAGACUGGGCCCCGUGAGGCCAGCUUAGUCUGCUCUUGCACCCCUCUCUCCAACUCUUGUUCUCCCUCUGCAUCUUUGGCACAUUGAUCUAGAGUGUUGGAAAGUGUUAAAAAUGUACAUACCUUGGAAAGAUAUUUAUUUAAAGAGUAAUAUAUACCAUAAUUUAUUUUUCACCUAUGUUGCGCAAAUGCACUUUGGAAUCUGUCUGUAGGGCCUGGAGCUUUCUGGAAGAGCCUCUCAGCCACUUUGGGCCACUCCAGUGUGGAGGGGCUUUUAACUAUGCUUGGCUGGGCUGCGUCAGAGAAGCCAUGCACCAGCUGAUUGCCCCAGGGCAGUGGAGACACCCCCCUGCAGUGUUUGACCAGCUCCUUAGACAGAGCUGCUGGGAGGGCUGCCUUGUCUCCACUGGAGGACCCCACUGGCACUUGGGCAUGUGGCUGGCUUGGCUGAGACAGCAGCCAACAUACCUUGGACCUCCCAGCCUGGUUUCCAGCUAAGUGUUGGCAGACCCACUGUUGGCCCUGGAGGGCAGUUGCAGGGAGAGAUUGCUUUUGCCGUGCCAAGUGAACCAGUGGGGCCAGGUUUUCCCCAUGUUAGGUAUGUUGGCACAGUUGGGCAGGGCCCCUCUGCUGGGAGCUGGUUGUGAUUGUGUCUCCAUAUGCAACAGCGAUUUGUACUGAAAGUGCAAGGAGUGAAGACGUUGGCAUACCCCUUUCUGCUGCAAAUGAACCAACCAACUUGGUUCUUGGUGCAAAGCAGCUGGUCUCUUCAGCUCACAGGCACGGAAAGGAGGAACGCCCGAGGAAAGCAG